CUACGCUUCUGAUGGUAACCUGCACAAGAAAUGCAUAACUGGCCAAGAAAAUGCCGCCAAAUGUACGUGGAGAAGGGGUUCCUGUACGAAGGAAUUUCUAUGCCCGCGAUCAAUAUGUUGUUCCCAAUAUCUUCCACAAGGAACGGAAAAACUUGUCCUUUCUUUACUGGAAUAUGGAAAAUGGAUUCAUGACGAAUAUCCAGGAUGUAAACUCUAUGGUAGAUCAGUACUCCCCCUCUAUCCUGGUGCUUGGGAAUACUGACUUCUCAGACCAACAUAAUGAUGAACUAAGAUCUAUUAAUGGAUAUAUUGGAUAUCAUCUGUUGCAAGAGGAAGAUAGUCUUCAUCAAGGUCAGAUAUAUUUAAAGAUAAUUUAA